AUGGGAAGGACCAAGUGGGGGAAAAAGACAGUGGGGGAAAAAGGUAACCAAGUGGUGGGGAAAGGAGACCAGACAGUGGGGGAAAAAGGUAACCAAGUGGUGGGGAAAGGAGACCAGACAGUGGGGGAAAAAGGUAACCAAGUGGUGGGGAAAGGAGACCAGACAGUGGGGGAAAAAGGUAACCAAGUGGUGGGGAAAGGAGACCAGACAGUGGGGGAAAAAGGUAACCAAGUGGUGGGGAAAGGAGACCAGACAGUGGGGGAAAAAGGUAACCAAGUGGUGGGGAAAGGAGACCAGACAGUGGGGAAAAAGGUAACCAAGUGGUGGGGAAAGGAGACCAGACAGUGGGGGGAAAAAGGUACCAAGUGGUGGGGAAAGGAGACCAGGACAGUGGGGGAAAAAGGUAACCAAGUGGUGGGGAAAGGAGACCAGACAGUGGGGGAAAAAGGUAACCAAGUGGUGGGGAAAGGAGACCAGACAGUGGGGGAAAAAGGUAACCAAGUGGUGGGGAAAGGAGACCAGACAGUGGGGGAAAAAGGUAACCAAGUGGUGGGGAAAGGAGACCAGACAGUGGGGGAAAAAGGUAACCAAGUGGUGGGGAAAGGAGACCAGACAGUGGGGGAAAAAGGUAACCAAGUGGUGGGGAAAGGAGACCAGACAGUGGGGGAAAAAGGUAACCAAGUGGUGGGGAAAGGAGACCAGACAGUGGGGGAAAAAGGUAACCAAGUGGUGGGGAAAGGAGACCAGACAGUGGGGGAAAAAGGUAACCAAGUGGUGGGGAAAGGAGACCAGACAGUGGGGGAAAAAGGUAACCAAGUGGUGGGGAAAGGAGACCAGACAGUGGGGGAAAAAGGUAACCAAGUGGUGGGGAAAGGAGACCAGACAGUGGGGGAAAAAGGUAACCAAGUGGUGGGGAAAGGAGACCAGACAGUGGGGGAAAAAGACAGUGGGGAAAAAGGUAACCAAGUGGUGGGGAAAGGAGACCAGACAGUGGGGGAAAAAGGUAACCAAGUGGUGGGGAAAGGAGACCAGACAGUGGGGGAAAAAGGUAACCAAGUGGUGGGGAAAGGAUACCAGACAGUGGGGGAAAAAGGUAACCAAGUGGUGGGGAAAGGAGACCAGACAGUGGGGGAAAAAGGUAACCAAGUGGUGGGGAAAGGAGACCAGACAGUGGGGGAAAAAGGUAACCAAGUGGUGGGGAAAGGAGACCAGACAGUGGGGGAAAAAGGUAACCAAGUGGUGGGGAAAGGAGACCAGACAGUGGGGGAAAAAGGUAACCAAGUGGUGGGGAAAGGAGACCAGACAGUGGGGGAAAAAGGUAACCAAGUGGUGGGGAAAGGAGACCAGACAGUGGGGGAAAAAGGUAACCAAGUGGUGGGGAAAGGAGACCAGACAGUGGGGGAAAAAGGUAACCAAGUGGUGGGGAAAGGAGACCAGACAGUGGGGGAAAAAGGUAACCAAGUGGUGGGGAAAGGAUACCAGACAGUGGGGGAAAAAGGUAACCAAGUGGUGGGGAAAGGAGACCAGACAGUGGGGGAAAAAGGUAACCAAGUGGUGGGGAAAGGAGACCAGACAGUGGGGGAAAAAGGUAACCAAGUGGUGGGGAAAGGAGACCAGACAGUGGGGGAAAAAGGUAACCAAGUGGUGGGGAAAGGAGACCAGACAGUGGGGGAAAAAGGUAACCAAGUGGUGGGGAAAGGAGACCAGACAGUGGGGGAAAAAGGUAACCAAGUGGUGGGGAAAGGAGACCAGACAGUGGGGGAAAAAGGUAACCAAGUGGUGGGGAAAGGAGACCAGACAGUGGGGGAAAAAGGUAACCAAGUGGUGGGGAAAGGAGACCAGACAGUGGGGGAAAAAGGUAACCAAGUGGUGGGGAAAGGAGACCAGACAGUGGGGGAAAAAGGUAACCAAGUGGUGGGGAAAGGAGACCAGACAGUGGGGGAAAAAGGUAACCAAGUGGUGGGGAAAGGAGACCAGACAGUGGGGGAAAAAGGUAACCAAGUGGUGGGGAAAGGAGACCAGACAGUGGGGGAAAAAGGUAACCAAGUGGUGGGGAAAGGAGACCAGACAGUGGGGGAAAAAGGUAACCAAGUGGUGGGGAAAGGAGACCAGACAGUGGGGGAAAAAGGUAACCAAGUGGUGGGGAAAGGAGACCAGACAGUGGGGGAAAAAGGUAACCAAGUGGUGGGGAAAGGAGACCAGACAGUGGGGGAAAAAGGUAACCAAGUGGUGGGGAAAGGAGACCAGACAGUGGGGGAAAAAGGUAACCAAGUGGUGGGGAAAGGAGACCAGACAGUGGGGGAAAAAGACAGUGGGGAAAAAGGUAACCAAGUGGUGGGGAAAGGAGACCAGACAGUGGGGGAAAAAGGUAACCAAGUGGUGGGGAAAGGAGACCAGACAGUGGGGGAAAAAGGUAACCAAGUGGUGGGGAAAGGAGACCAGACAGUGGGGGAAAAAGGUAACCAAGUGGUGGGGAAAGGAGACCAGACAGUGGGGGAAAAAGGUAACCAAGUGGUGGGGAAAGGAGACCAGACAGUGGGGGAAAAAGGUAACCAAGUGGUGGGGAAAGGAGACCAGACAGUGGGGGAAAAAGGUAACCAAGUGGUGGGGAAAGGAGACCAGACAGUGGGGGAAAAAGGUAACCAAGUGGUGGGGAAAGGAGACCAGACAGUGGGGGAAAAAGGUAACCAAGUGGUGGGGAAAGGAGACCAGACAGUGGGGGAAAAAGGUAACCAAGUGGUGGGAAAGGACCAGACAGUGGGGGAAAAAGGUAACCAAGUGGUGGGGAAAGGAGACCAGACAGUGGGGGAAAAAGGUAACCAAGUGGUGGGGAAAGGAGACCAGACAGUGGGGGAAAAAGGUAACCAAGUGGUGGGGAAAGGAGACCAGACAGUGGGGGAAAAAGGUAACCAAGUGGUGGGGAAAGGAGACCAGACAGUGGGGGAAAAAGGUAACCAAGUGGUGGGGAAAGGAGACCAGACAGUGGGGGAAAAAGGUAACCAAGUGGUGGGGAAAGGAGACCAGACAGUGGGGGAAAAAGGUAACCAAGUGGUGGGGAAAGGAGACCAGACAGUGGGGGAAAAAGGUAACCAAGUGGUGGGGAAAGGAGACCAGACAGUGGGGGAAAAAGGUAACCAAGUGGUGGGGAAAGGAGACCAGACAGUGGGGGAAAAAGGUAACCAAGUGGUGGGGAAAGGAGACCAGACAGUGGGGGAAAAAGGUAACCAAGUGGUGGGGAAAGGAGACCAGACAGUGGGGGAAAAAGGUAACCAAGUGGUGGGGAAAGGAGACCAGACAGUGGGGGAAAAAGGUAACCAAGUGGUGGGGAAAGGAGACCAGACAGUGGGGGAAAAAGGUAACCAAGUGGUGGGGAAAGGAGACCAGACAGUGGGGGAAAAAGGUAACCAAGUGGUGGGGAAAGGAGACCAGACAGUGGGGGAAAAAGGUAACCAAGUGGUGGGGAAAGGAGACCAGACAGUGGGGAAAAAGGUAACCAAGUGGUGGGGAAAGGAGACCAGACAGUGGGGGAAAAAGGUAACCAAGUGGUGGGGAAAGGAGACCAGACAGUGGGGGAAAAAGGUAACCAAGUGGUGGGGAAAGGAGACCAGACAGUGGGGGAAAAAGGUAACCAAGUGGUGGGGAAAGGAGACCAGACAGUGGGGGAAAAAGGUAACCAAGUGGUGGGGAAAGGAGACCAGACAGUGGGGGAAAAAGGUAACCAAGUGGUGGGGAAAGGAGACCAGACAGUGGGGGAAAAAGGUAACCAAGUGGUGGGGAAAGGAGACCAGACAGUGGGGGAAAAAGGUAACCAAGUGGUGGGGAAAGGAGACCAGACAGUGGGGGAAAAAGGUAACCAAGUGGUGGGGAAAGGAGACCAGACAGUGGGGGAAAAAGGUAACCAAGUGGUGGGGAAAGGAGACCAGACAGUGGGGGAAAAAGGUAACCAAGUGGUGGGGAAAGGAUACCAGACAGUGGGGGAAAAAGGUAACCAAGUGGUGGGGAAAGGAGACCAGACAGUGGGGGAAAAAGGUAACCAAGUGGUGGGGAAAGGAGACCAGACAGUGGGGGAAAAAGGUAACCAAGUGGUGGGGAAAGGAGACCAGACAGUGGGGGAAAAAGGUAACCAAGUGGUGGGGAAAGGAAGACCAGACAGUGGGGGAAAAAGGUAACCAAGUGGUGGGGAAAGGAGACCAGACAGUGGGGGAAAAAGGUAACCAAGUGGUGGGGAAAGGAUACCAGACAGUGGGGGAAAAAGGUAACCAAGUGGUGGGGAAAGGAGACCAGACAGUGGGGGAAAAAGGUAACCAAGUGGUGGGGAAAGGAGACCAGACAGUGGGGGAAAAAGGUAACCAAGUGGUGGGGAAAGGAUACCAGACAGUGGGGGAAAAAGGUAACCAAGUGGUGGGGAAAGGAGACCAGACAGUGGGGGAAAAAGGUAACCAAGUGGUGGGGAAAGGAGACCAGACAGUGGGGGAAAAAGGUAACCAAGUGGUGGGGAAAGGAGACCAGACAGUGGGGGAAAAAGGUAACCAAGUGGUGGGGAAAGGAGACCAGACAGUGGGGGAAAAAGGUAACCAAGUGGUGGGGAAAGGAUACCAGACAGUGGGGGAAAAAGGUAACCAAGUGGUGGGGAAAGGAUACCAGACAGUGGGGGAAAAAGGUAACCAAGUGGUGGGGAAAGGAGACCAGACAGUGGGGGAAAAAGGUAACCAAGUGGUGGGGAAAGGAUACCAGACAGUGGGGGAAAAAGGUAACCAAGUGGUGGGGAAAGGAUACCAGACAGUGGGGGAAAAAGGUAACCAAGUGGUGGGGAAAGGAUACCAGACAGUGGGGGAAAAAGGUAACCAAGUGGUGGGGAAAGGAUACCAGACAGUGGGGGAAAAAGGUAACCAAGUGGUGGGGAAAGGAUACCAGACAGUGGGGGAAAAAGGUAACCAAGUGGUGGGGAAAGGAUACCAGACAGUGGGGGAAAAAGGUAACCAAGUGGUGGGGAAAGGAUACCAAACAGUGGGGGAAAAAGGUAACCAAGUGGUGGGGAAAGGAUACCAGACAGUGGGGGAAAAAGGUAACCAAGUGGUGGGGAAAGGAGACCAGACAGUGGGGGAAAAAGGUAACCAAGUGGUGGGGAAAGGAGACCAGACAGUGGGGGAAAAAGGUAACCAAGUGGUGGGGAAAGGAGACCAGACAGUGGGGGAAAAAGGUAACCAAGUGGUGGGGAAAGGAGACCAGACAGUGGGGGAAAAAGGUAACCAAGUGGUGGGGAAAGGAGACCAGACAGUGGGGGAAAAAGGUAACCAAGUGGUGGGGAAAGGAGACCAGACAGUGGGGGAAAAAGGUAACCAAGUGGUGGGGAAAGGAGACCAGACAGUGGGGGAAAAAGGUAACCAAGUGGUGGGGAAAGGAGACCAGACAGUGGGGGAAAAAGGUAACCAAGUGGUGGGGAAAGGAGACCAGACAGUGGGGGAAAAAGGUAACCAAGUGGUGGGGAAAGGAGACCAGACAGUGGGGGAAAAAGGUAACCAAGUGGUGGGGAAAGGAGACCAGACAGUGGGGGAAAAAGGUAACCAAGUGGUGGGGAAAGGAGACCAGACAGUGGGGGAAAAAGGUAACCAAGUGGUGGGGAAAGGAGACCAGACAGUGGGGGAAAAAGGUAACCAAGUGGUGGGGAAAGGAUACCAGACAGUGGGGGAAAAAGGUAACCAAGUGGUGGGGAAAGGAGACCAGACAGUGGGGGAAAAAGGUAACCAAGUGGUGGGGAAAGGAUACCAGACAGUGGGGGAAAAAGGUAACCAAGUGGUGGGGAAAGGAUACCAGACAGUGGGGGAAAAAGGUAACCAAGUGGUGGGGAAAGGAGACCAGACAGUGGGGGAAAAAGGUAACCAAGUGGUGGGGAAAGGAUACCAGACAGUGGGGGAAAAAGGUAACCAAGUGGUGGGGAAAGGAUACCAGACAGUGGGGGAAAAAGGUAACCAAGUGGUGGGGAAAGGAGACCAGACAGUGGGGGAAAAAGGUAACCAAGUGGUGGGGAAAGGAGACCAGACAGUGGGGGAAAAAGGUAACCAAGUGGUGGGGAAAGGAGACCAGACAGUGGGGGAAAAAGGUAACCAAGUGGUGGGGAAAGGAGACCAGACAGUGGGGGAAAAAGUUAACCAAGUGGUGGGGAAAGGAGACCAGACAGUGGGGGAAAAAGGUAACCAAGUGGUGGGGAAAGGAGACCAGACAGUGGGGGAAAAAGGUAACCAAGUGGUGGGGAAAGGAGACCAGACAGUGGGGGAAAAAGGUAACCAAGUGGUGGGGAAAGGAGACCAGACAGUGGGGGAAAAAGGUAACCAAGUGGUGGGGAAAGGAGACCAGACAGUGGGGGAAAAAGGUAACCAAGUGGUGGGGAAAGGAGACCAGACAGUGGGGGAAAAAGGUAACCAAGUGGUGGGGAAAGGAGACCAGACAGUGGGGGAAAAAGGUAACCAAGUGGUGGGGAAAGGAGACCAGACAGUGGGGGAAAAAGGUAACCAAGUGGUGGGGAAAGGAGACCAGACAGUGGGGGAAAAAGGUAACCAAGUGGUGGGGAAAGGAGACCAGACAGUGGGGGAAAAAGGUAACCAAGUGGUGGGGAAAGGAGACCAGACAGUGGGGGAAAAAGGUAACCAAGUGGUGGGGAAAGGAGACCAGACAGUGGGGGAAAAAGGUAACCAAGUGGUGGGGAAAGGAGACCAGACAGUGGGGGAAAAAGGUAACCAAGUGGUGGGGAAAGGAGACCAGACAGUGGGGGAAAAAGGUAACCAAGUGGUGGGGAAAGGAGACCAGACAGUGGGGGAAAAAGGUAACCAAGUGGUGGGGAAAGGAGACCAGACAGUGGGGGAAAAAGGUAACCAAGUGGUGGGGAAAGGAUACCAGACAGUGGGGGAAAAAGGUAACCAAGUGGUGGGGAAAGGAGACCAGACAGUGGGGGAAAAAGGUAACCAAGUGGUGGGGAAAGGAUACCAGACAGUGGGGGAAAAAGGUAACCAAGUGGUGGGGAAAGGAUACCAGACAGUGGGGGAAAAAGGUAACCAAGUGGUGGGGAAAGGAUACCAGACACUGGGGGAAAAAGGUAACCAAGUGGUGGGGAAAGGAUACCAGACAGUGGGGGAAAAAGGUAACCAAGUGGUGGGGAAAGGAGACCAGACAGUGGGGGAAAAAGGUAACCAAGUGGUGGGGAAAGGAUACCAGACAGUGGGGGAAAAAGGUAACCAAGUGGUGGGGAAAGGAUACCAGACAGUGGGGGAAAAAGGUAACCAAGUGGUGGGGAAAGGAUACCAGACAGUGGGGGAAAAAGGUAACCAAGUGGUGGGGAAAGGAGACCAGACAGUGGGGGAAAAAGGUAACCAAGUGGUGGGGAAAGGAGACCAGACAGUGGGGGAAAAAGGUAACCAAGUGGUGGGGAAAGGAUACCAGACAGUGGGGGAAAAAGGUAACCAAGUGGUGGGGAAAGGAGACCAGACAGUGGGGGAAAAAGGUAACCAAGUGGUGGGGAAAGGAGACCAGACAGUGGGGGAAAAAGGUAACCAAGUGGUGGGGAAAGGAGACCAGACAGUGGGGGAAAAAGGUAACCAAGUGGUGGGGAAAGGAGACCAGACAGUGGGGGAAAAAGGUAACCAAGUGGUGGGGAAAGGAGACCAGACAGUGGGGGAAAAAGGUAACCAAGUGGUGGGGAAAGGAGACCAGACAGUGGGGGAAAAAGGUAACCAAGUGGUGGGGAAAGGAGACCAGACAGUGGGGGAAAAAGGUAACCAAGUGGUGGGGAAAGGAUACCAGACAGUGGGGGAAAAAGGUAACCAAGUGGUGGGGAAAGGAGACCAGACAGUGGGGGAAAAAGGUAACCAAGUGGUGGGGAAAGGAGACCAGACAGUGGGGGAAAAAGGUAACCAAGUGGUGGGGAAAGGAUACCAGACAGUGGGGGAAAAAGGUAACCAAGUGGUGGGGAAAGGAGACCAGACAGUGGGGGAAAAAGGUAACCAAGUGGUGGGGAAAGGAGACCAGACAGUGGGGGAAAAAGGUAACCAAGUGGUGGGGAAAGGAGACCAGACAGUGGGGGAAAAAGGUAACCAAGUGGUGGGGAAAGGAUACCAAACAGUGGGGGAAAAAGGUAACCAAGUGGUGGGGAAAGGAUACCAGACAGUGGGGGAAAAAGGUAACCAAGUGGUGGGGAAAGGAGACCAGACAGUGGGGGAAAAAGGUAACCAAGUGGUGGGGAAAGGAGACCAGACAGUGGGGGAAAAAGGUAACCAAGUGGUGGGGAAAGGAGACCAGACAGUGGGGGAAAAAGGUAACCAAGUGGUGGGGAAAGGAGACCAGACAGUGGGGGAAAAAGGUAACCAAGUGGUGGGGAAAGGAGACCAGACAGUGGGGGAAAAAGGUAACCAAGUGGUGGGGAAAGGAGACCAGACAGUGGGGGAAAAAGGUAACCAAGUGGUGGGGAAAGGAUACCAGACAGUGGGGGAAAAAGGUAACCAAGUGGUGGGGAAAGGAGACCAGACAGUGGGGGAAAAAGGUAACCAAGUGGUGGGGAAAGGAGACCAGACAGUGGGGGAAAAAGGUAACCAAGUGGUGGGGAAAGGAUACCAGACAGUGGGGGAAAAAGGUAACCAAGUGGUGGGGAAAGGAGACCAGACAGUGGGGGAAAAAGGUAACCAAGUGGUGGGGAAAGGAUACCAGACAGUGGGGGAAAAAGGUAACCAAGUGGUGGGGAAAGGAGACCAGACAGUGGGGGAAAAAGGUAACCAAGUGGUGGGGAAAGGAUACCAGACAGUGGGGGAAAAAGGUAACCAAGUGGUGGGGAAAGGAUACCAGACAGUGGGGGAAAAAGGUAACCAAGUGGUGGGGAAAGGAGACCAGACAGUGGGGGAAAAAGGUAACCAAGUGGUGGGGAAAGGAUACCAGACAGUGGGGGAAAAAGGUAACCAAGUGGUGGGGAAAGGAGACCAGACAGUGGGGGAAAAAGGUAACCAAGUGGUGGGGAAAGGAUACCAGACAGUGGGGGAAAAAGGUAACCAAGUGGUGGGGAAAGGAUACCAGACAGUGGGGGAAAAAGGUAACCAAGUGGUGGGGAAAGGAUACCAGACAGUGGGGGAAAAAGGUAACCAAGUGGUGGGGAAAGGAUACCAGACAGUGGGGGAAAAAGGUAACCAAGUGGUGGGGAAAGGAGACCAGACAGUGGGGGAAAAAGGUAACCAAGUGGUGGGGAAAGGAGACCAGACAGUGGGGGAAAAAGGUAACCAAGUGGUGGGGAAAGGAGACCAGACAGUGGGGGAAAAAGGUAACCAAGUGGUGGGGAAAGGAGACCAGACAGUGGGGGAAAAAGGUAACCAAGUGGUGGGGAAAGGAGACCAGACAGUGGGGGAAAAAGGUAACCAAGUGGUGGGGAAAGGAGACCAGACAGUGGGGGAAAAAGGUAACCAAGUGGUGGGGAAAGGAGACCAGACAGUGGGGGAAAAAGGUAACCAAGUGGUGGGGAAAGGAGACCAGACAGUGGGGGAAAAAGGUAACCAAGUGGUGGGGAAAGGAGACCAGACAGUGGGGGAAAAAGGUAACCAAGUGGUGGGGAAAGGAUACCAGACAGUGGGGGAAAAAGGUAACCAAGUGGUGGGGAAAGGAUACCAGACAGUGGGGGAAAAAGGUAACCAAGUGGUGGGGAAAGGAUACCAGACAGUGGGGGAAAAAGGUAACCAAGUGGUGGGGAAAGGAUACCAGACAGUGGGGGAAAAAGGUAACCAAGUGGUGGGGAAAGGAUACCAGACAGUGGGGGAAAAAGGUAACCAAGUGGUGGGGAAAGGAUACCAGACAGUGGGGGAAAAAGGUAACCAAGUGGUGGGGAAAGGAUACCAGACAGUGGGGGAAAAAGGUAACCAAGUGGUGGGGAAAGGAUACCAGACAGUGGGGGAAAAAGGUAACCAAGUGGUGGGGAAAGGAUACCAGACAGUGGGGGAAAAAGGUAACCAAGUGGUGGGGAAAGGAUACCAGACAGUGGGGGAAAAAGGUAACCAAGUGGUGGGGAAAGGAUACCAGACAGUGGGGGAAAAAGGUAACCAAGUGGUGGGGAAAGGAUACCAGACAGUGGGGGAAAAAGGUAACCAAGUGGUGGGGAAAGGAUACCAGACAGUGGGGGAAAAAGGUAACCAAGUGGUGGGGAAAGGAUACCAGACAGUGGGGGAAAAAGGUAACCAAGUGGUGGGGAAAGGAUACCAGACAGUGGGGGAAAAAGGUAACCAAGUGGUGGGGAAAGGAUACCAGACAGUGGGGGAAAAAGGUAACCAAGUGGUGGGGAAAGGAGACCAGACAGUGGGGGAAAAAGGUAACCAAGGGGUGGGGAAAGGAGACCAGACAGUGGGGGAAAAAGGUAACCAAGUGGUGGGGAAAGGAGACCAGACAGUGGGGGAAAAAGGUAACCAAGUGGUGGGGAAAGGAUACCAGACAGUGGGGGAAAAAGGUAACCAAGUGGUGGGGAAAGGAUACCAGACAGUGGGGGAAAAAGGUAACCAAGUGGUGGGGAAAGGAGACCAGACAGUGGGGGAAAAAGGUAACCAAGUGGUGGGGAAAGGAGACCAGACAGUGGGGGAAAAAGGUAACCAAGUGGUGGGGAAAGGAGACCAGACAGUGGGGGAAAAAGGUAACCAAGUGGUGGGGAAAGGAUACCAGACAGUGGGGGAAAAAGGUAACCAAGUGGUGGGGAAAGGAUACCAGACAGUGGGGGAAAAAGGUAACCAAGUGGUGGGGAAAGGAUACCAGACAGUGGGGGAAAAAGGUAACCAAGUGGUGGGGAAAGGAUACCAGACAGUGGGGGAAAAAGGUAACCAAGUGGUGGGGAAAGGAUACCAGACAGUGGGGGAAAAAGGUAACCAAGUGGUGGGGAAAGGAUACCAGACAGUGGGGGAAAAAGGUAACCAAGUGGUGGGGAAAGGAUACCAGACAGUGGGGGAAAAAGGUAACCAAGUGGUGGGGAAAGGAUACCAGACAGUGGGGGAAAAAGGUAACCAAGUGGUGGGGAAAGGAUACCAGACAGUGGGGGAAAAAGGUAACCAAGUGGUGGGGAAAGGAUACCAGACAGUGGGGGAAAAAGGUAACCAAGUGGUGGGGAAAGGAUACCAGACAGUGGGGGAAAAAGGUAACCAAGUGGUGGGGAAAGGAUACCAGACAGUGGGGGAAAAAGGUAACCAAGUGGUGGGGAAAGGAUACCAGACAGUGGGGGAAAAAGGUAACCAAGUGGUGGGGAAAGGAUACCAGACAGUGGGGGAAAAAGGUAACCAAGUGGUGGGGAAAGGAUACCAGACAGUGGGGGAAAAAGGUAACCAAGUGGUGGGGAAAGGAUACCAAACAGUGGGGGAAAAAGGUAACCAAGUGGUGGGGAAAGGAUACCAGACAGUGGGGGAAAAAGGUAACCAAGUGGUGGGGAAAGGAGACCAGACAGUGGGGGAAAAAGGUAACCAAGUGGUGGGGAAAGGAGACCAGACAGUGGGGGAAAAAGUUAACCAAGUGGUGGGGAAAGGAGACCAGACAGUGGGGGAAAAAGGUAACCAAGUGGUGGGGAAAGGAGACCAGACAGUGGGGGAAAAAGGUAACCAAGUGGUGGGGAAAGGAGACCAGACAGUGGGGGAAAAAGGUAACCAAGUGGUGGGGAAAGGAGACCAGACAGUGGGGGAAAAAGGUAACCAAGUGGUGGGGAAAGGAGACCAGACAGUGGGGGAAAAAGGUAACCAAGUGGUGGGGAAAGGAGACCAGACAGUGGGGGAAAAAGGUAACCAAGUGGUGGGGAAAGGAGACCAGACAGUGGGGGAAAAAGGUAACCAAGUGGUGGGGAAAGGAGACCAGACAGUGGGGGAAAAAGGUAACCAAGUGGUGGGGAAAGGAGACCAGACAGUGGGGGAAAAAGGUAACCAAGUGGUGGGGAAAGGAGACCAGACAGUGGGGGAAAAAGGUAACCAAGUGGUGGGGAAAGGAUACCAGACAGUGGGGGAAAAAGGUAACCAAGUGGUGGGGAAAGGAGACCAGACAGUGGGGGAAAAAGGUAACCAAGUGGUGGGGAAAGGAUACCAGACAGUGGGGGAAAAAGGUAACCAAGUGGUGGGGAAAGGAUACCAGACAGUGGGGGAAAAAGGUAACCAAGUGGUGGGGAAAGGAUACCAGACACUGGGGGAAAAAGGUAACCAAGUGGUGGGGAAAGGAUACCAGACAGUGGGGGAAAAAGGUAACCAAGUGGUGGGGAAAGGAGACCAGACAGUGGGGGAAAAAGGUAACCAAGUGGUGGGGAAAGGAUACCAGACAGUGGGGGAAAAAGGUAACCAAGUGGUGGGGAAAGGAUACCAGACAGUGGGGGAAAAAGGUAACCAAGUGGUGGGGAAAGGAGACCAGACAGUGGGGGAAAAAGGUAACCAAGUGGUGGGGAAAGGAGACCAGACAGUGGGGGAAAAAGGUAACCAAGUGGUGGGGAAAGGAGACCAGACAGUGGGGGAAAAAGGUAACCAAGUGGUGGGGAAAGGAGACCAGACAGUGGGGGAAAAAGUUAACCAAGUGGUGGGGAAAGGAGACCAGACAGUGGGGGAAAAAGGUAACCAAGUGGUGGGGAAAGGAGACCAGACAGUGGGGGAAAAAGGUAACCAAGUGGUGGGGAAAGGAGACCAGACAGUGGGGGAAAAAGGUAACCAAGUGGUGGGGAAAGGAGACCAGACAGUGGGGGAAAAAGGUAACCAAGUGGUGGGGAAAGGAGACCAGACAGUGGGGGAAAAAGGUAACCAAGUGGUGGGGAAAGGAGACCAGACAGUGGGGGAAAAAGGUAACCAAGUGGUGGGGAAAGGAGACCAGACAGUGGGGGAAAAAGGUAACCAAGUGGUGGGGAAAGGAGACCAGACAGUGGGGGAAAAAGGUAACCAAGUGGUGGGGAAAGGAGACCAGACAGUGGGGGAAAAAGGUAACCAAGUGGUGGGGAAAGGAGACCAGACAGUGGGGGAAAAAGGUAACCAAGUGGUGGGGAAAGGAGACCAGACAGUGGGGGAAAAAGGUAACCAAGUGGUGGGGAAAGGAGACCAGACAGUGGGGGAAAAAGGUAACCAAGUGGUGGGGAAAGGAGACCAGACAGUGGGGGAAAAAGGUAACCAAGUGGUGGGGAAAGGAGACCAGACAGUGGGGGAAAAAGGUAACCAAGUGGUGGGGAAAGGAGACCAGACAGUGGGGGAAAAAGGUAACCAAGUGGUGGGGAAAGGAGACCAGACAGUGGGGGAAAAAGGUAACCAAGUGGUGGGGAAAGGAUACCAGACAGUGGGGGAAAAAGGUAACCAAGUGGUGGGGAAAGGAGACCAGACAGUGGGGGAAAAAGGUAACCAAGUGGUGGGGAAAGGAUACCAGACAGUGGGGGAAAAAGGUAACCAAGUGGUGGGGAAAGGAUACCAGACAGUGGGGGAAAAAGGUAACCAAGUGGUGGGGAAAGGAGACCAGACAGUGGGGGAAAAAGGUAACCAAGUGGUGGGGAAAGGAGACCAGACAGUGGGGGAAAAAGGUAACCAAGUGGUGGGGAAAGGAGACCAGACAGUGGGGGAAAAAGGUAACCAAGUGGUGGGGAAAGGAGACCAGACAGUGGGGGAAAAAGGUAACCAAGUGGUGGGGAAAGGAGACCAGACAGUGGGGGAAAAAGGUAACCAAGUGGUGGGGAAAGGAGACCAGACAGUGGGGGAAAAAGGUAACCAAGUGGUGGGGAAAGGAGACCAGACAGUGGGGGAAAAAGGUAACCAAGUGGUGGGGAAAGGAGACCAGACAGUGGGGGAAAAAGGUAACCAAGUGGUGGGGAAAGGAGACCAGACAGUGGGGGAAAAAGGUAACCAAGUGGUGGGGAAAGGAUACCAGACAGUGGGGGAAAAAGGUAACCAAGUGGUGGGGAAAGGAGACCAGACAGUGGGGGAAAAAGGUAACCAAGUGGUGGGGAAAGGAUACCAGACAGUGGGGGAAAAAGGUAACCAAGUGGUGGGGAAAGGAUACCAGACAGUGGGGGAAAAAGGUAACCAAGUGGUGGGGAAAGGAUACCAGACACUGGGGGAAAAAGGUAACCAAGUGGUGGGGAAAGGAUACCAGACAGUGGGGGAAAAAGGUAACCAAGUGGUGGGGAAAGGAGACCAGACAGUGGGGGAAAAAGGUAACCAAGUGGUGGGGAAAGGAUACCAGACAGUGGGGGAAAAAGGUAACCAAGUGGUGGGGAAAGGAUACCAGACAGUGGGGGAAAAAGGUAACCAAGUGGUGGGGAAAGGAGACCAGACAGUGGGGGAAAAAGGUAACCAAGUGGUGGGGAAAGGAGACCAGACAGUGGGGGAAAAAGGUAACCAAGUGGUGGGGAAAGGAGACCAGACAGUGGGGGAAAAAGGUAACCAAGUGGUGGGGAAAGGAGACCAGACAGUGGGGGAAAAAGUUAACCAAGUGGUGGGGAAAGGAGACCAGACAGUGGGGGAAAAAGGUAACCAAGUGGUGGGGAAAGGAGACCAGACAGUGGGGGAAAAAGGUAACCAAGUGGUGGGGAAAGGAGACCAGACAGUGGGGGAAAAAGGUAACCAAGUGGUGGGGAAAGGAGACCAGACAGUGGGGGAAAAAGGUAACCAAGUGGUGGGGAAAGGAGACCAGACAGUGGGGGAAAAAGGUAACCAAGUGGUGGGGAAAGGAGACCAGACAGUGGGGGAAAAAGGUAACCAAGUGGUGGGGAAAGGAGACCAGACAGUGGGGGAAAAAGGUAACCAAGUGGUGGGGAAAGGAGACCAGACAGUGGGGGAAAAAGGUAACCAAGUGGUGGGGAAAGGAGACCAGACAGUGGGGGAAAAAGGUAACCAAGUGGUGGGGAAAGGAGACCAGACAGUGGGGGAAAAAGGUAACCAAGUGGUGGGGAAAGGAGACCAGACAGUGGGGGAAAAAGGUAACCAAGUGGUGGGGAAAGGAGACCAGACAGUGGGGGAAAAAGGUAACCAAGUGGUGGGGAAAGGAGACCAGACAGUGGGGGAAAAAGGUAACCAAGUGGUGGGGAAAGGAGACCAGACAGUGGGGGAAAAAGGUAACCAAGUGGUGGGGAAAGGAGACCAGACAGUGGGGGAAAAAGGUAACCAAGUGGUGGGGAAAGGAGACCAGACAGUGGGGGAAAAAGGUAACCAAGUGGUGGGGAAAGGAUACCAGACAGUGGGGGAAAAAGGUAACCAAGUGGUGGGGAAAGGAGACCAGACAGUGGGGGAAAAAGGUAACCAAGUGGUGGGGAAAGGAUACCAGACAGUGGGGGAAAAAGGUAACCAAGUGGUGGGGAAAGGAUACCAGACAGUGGGGGAAAAAGGUAACCAAGUGGUGGGGAAAGGAUACCAGACACUGGGGGAAAAAGGUAACCAAGUGGUGGGGAAAGGAUACCAGACAGUGGGGGAAAAAGGUAACCAAGUGGUGGGGAAAGGAGACCAGACAGUGGGGGAAAAAGGUAACCAAGUGGUGGGGAAAGGAUACCAGACAGUGGGGGAAAAAGGUAACCAAGUGGUGGGGAAAGGAUACCAGACAGUGGGGGAAAAAGGUAACCAAGUGGUGGGGAAAGGAUACCAGACAGUGGGGGAAAAAGGUAACCAAGUGGUGGGGAAAGGAGACCAGACAGUGGGGGAAAAAGGUAACCAAGUGGUGGGGAAAGGAGACCAGACAGUGGGGGAAAAAGGUAACCAAGUGGUGGGGAAAGGAUACCAGACAGUGGGGGAAAAAGGUAACCAAGUGGUGGGGAAAGGAGACCAGACAGUGGGGGAAAAAGGUAACCAAGUGGUGGGGAAAGGAGACCAGACAGUGGGGGAAAAAGGUAACCAAGUGGUGGGGAAAGGAGACCAGACAGUGGGGGAAAAAGGUAACCAAGUGGUGGGGAAAGGAGACCAGACAGUGGGGGAAAAAGGUAACCAAGUGGUGGGGAAAGGAGACCAGACAGUGGGGGAAAAAGGUAACCAAGUGGUGGGGAAAGGAGACCAGACAGUGGGGGAAAAAGGUAACCAAGUGGUGGGGAAAGGAUACCAGACAGUGGGGGAAAAAGGUAACCAAGUGGUGGGGAAAGGAUACCAGACAGUGGGGGAAAAAGGUAACCAAGUGGUGGGGAAAGGAUACCAGACAGUGGGGGAAAAAGGUAACCAAGUGGUGGGGAAAGGAUACCAGACAGUGGGGGAAAAAGGUAACCAAGUGGUGGGGAAAGGAGACCAGACAGUGGGGGAAAAAGGUAACCAAGUGGUGGGGAAAGGAUACCAGACAGUGGGGGAAAAAGGUAACCAAGUGGUGGGGAAAGGAUACCAGACAGUGGGGGAAAAAGGUAACCAAGUGGUGGGGAAAGGAUACCAGACAGUGGGGGAAAAAGGUAACCAAGUGGUGGGGAAAGGAGACCAGACAGUGGGGGAAAAAGGUAACCAAGUGGUGGGGAAAGGAGACCAGACAGUGGGGGAAAAAGGUAACCAAGUGGUGGGGAAAGGAGACCAGACAGUGGGGGAAAAAGGUAACCAAGUGGUGGGGAAAGGAGACCAGACAGUGGGGGAAAAAGGUAACCAAGUGGUGGGGAAAGGAGACCAGACAGUGGGGGAAAAAGGUAACCAAGUGGUGGGGAAAGGAGACCAGACAGUGGGGGAAAAAGGUAACCAAGUGGUGGGGAAAGGAGACCAGACAGUGGGGGAAAAAGGUAACCAAGUGGUGGGGAAAGGAGACCAGACAGUGGGGGAAAAAGGUAACCAAGUGGUGGGGAAAGGAGACCAGACAGUGGGGGAAAAAGGUAACCAAGUGGUGGGGAAAGGAUACCAGACAGUGGGGGAAAAAGGUAACCAAGUGGUGGGGAAAGGAUACCAGACAGUGGGGGAAAAAGGUAACCAAGUGGUGGGGAAAGGAUACCAGACAGUGGGGGAAAAAGGUAACCAAGUGGUGGGGAAAGGAUACCAGACAGUGGGGGAAAAAGGUAACCAAGUGGUGGGGAAAGGAUACCAGACAGUGGGGGAAAAAGGUAACCAAGUGGUGGGGAAAGGAUACCAGACAGUGGGGGAAAAAGGUAACCAAGUGGUGGGGAAAGGAUACCAGACAGUGGGGGAAAAAGGUAACCAAGUGGUGGGGAAAGGAUACCAGACAGUGGGGGAAAAAGGUAACCAAGUGGUGGGGAAAGGAUACCAGACAGUGGGGGAAAAAGGUAACCAAGUGGUGGGGAAAGGAUACCAGACAGUGGGGGAAAAAGGUAACCAAGUGGUGGGGAAAGGAUACCAGACAGUGGGGGAAAAAGGUAACCAAGUGGUGGGGAAAGGAUACCAGACAGUGGGGGAAAAAGGUAACCAAGUGGUGGGGAAAGGAUACCAGACAGUGGGGGAAAAAGGUAACCAAGUGGUGGGGAAAGGAUACCAGACAGUGGGGGAAAAAGGUAACCAAGUGGUGGGGAAAGGAUACCAGACAGUGGGGGAAAAAGGUAACCAAGUGGUGGGGAAAGGAUACCAGACAGUGGGGGAAAAAGGUAACCAAGUGGUGGGGAAAGGAGACCAGACAGUGGGGGAAAAAGGUAACCAAGGGGUGGGGAAAGGAGACCAGACAGUGGGGGAAAAAGGUAACCAAGUGGUGGGGAAAGGAGACCAGACAGUGGGGGAAAAAGGUAACCAAGUGGUGGGGAAAGGAUACCAGACAGUGGGGGAAAAAGGUAACCAAGUGGUGGGGAAAGGAUACCAGACAGUGGGGGAAAAAGGUAACCAAGUGGUGGGGAAAGGAGACCAGACAGUGGGGGAAAAAGGUAACCAAGUGGUGGGGAAAGGAGACCAGACAGUGGGGGAAAAAGGUAACCAAGUGGUGGGGAAAGGAGACCAGACAGUGGGGGAAAAAGGUAACCAAGUGGUGGGGAAAGGAUACCAGACAGUGGGGGAAAAAGGUAACCAAGUGGUGGGGAAAGGAUACCAGACAGUGGGGGAAAAAGGUAACCAAGUGGUGGGGAAAGGAUACCAGACAGUGGGGGAAAAAGGUAACCAAGUGGUGGGGAAAGGAUACCAGACAGUGGGGGAAAAAGGUAACCAAGUGGUGGGGAAAGGAUACCAGACAGUGGGGGAAAAAGGUAACCAAGUGGUGGGGAAAGGAUACCAGACAGUGGGGGAAAAAGGUAACCAAGUGGUGGGGAAAGGAUACCAGACAGUGGGGGAAAAAGGUAACCAAGUGGUGGGGAAAGGAUACCAGACAGUGGGGGAAAAAGGUAACCAAGUGGUGGGGAAAGGAUACCAGACAGUGGGGGAAAAAGGUAACCAAGUGGUGGGGAAAGGAUACCAGACAGUGGGGGAAAAAGGUAACCAAGUGGUGGGGAAAGGAUACCAGACAGUGGGGGAAAAAGGUAACCAAGUGGUGGGGAAAGGAUACCAGACAGUGGGGGAAAAAGGUAACCAAGUGGUGGGGAAAGGAUACCAGACAGUGGGGGAAAAAGGUAACCAAGUGGUGGGGAAAGGAUACCAGACAGUGGGGGAAAAAGGUAACCAAGUGGUGGGGAAAGGAUACCAGACAGUGGGGGAAAAAGGUAACCAAGUGGUGGGGAAAGGAUACCAAACAGUGGGGGAAAAAGGUAACCAAGUGGUGGGGAAAGGAUACCAGACAGUGGGGGAAAAAGGUAACCAAGUGGUGGGGAAAGGAUACCAGACAGUGGGGGAAAAAGGUAACCAAGUGGUGGGGAAAGGAGACCAGACAGUGGGGGAAAAAGGUAACCAAGUGGUGGGGAAAGGAUACCAGACAGUGGGGGAAAAAGGUAACCAAGUGGUGGGGAAAGGAGACCAGACAGUGGGGGAAAAAGGUAACCAAGUGGUGGGGAAAGGAGACCAGACAGUGGGGGAAAAAGGUAACCAAGUGGUGGGGAAAGGAUACCAGACAGUGGGGGAAAAAGGUAACCAAGUGGUGGGGAAAGGAUACCAGACAGUGGGGGAAAAAGGUAACCAAGUGGUGGGGAAAGGAGACCAGACAGUGGGGGAAAAAGGUAACCAAGUGGUGGGGAAAGGAUACCAGACAGUGGGGGAAAAAGGUAACCAAAUGGUGGGGAAAGGAUACCAGACAGUGGGGGAAAAAGGUAACCAAGUGGUGGGGAAAGGAGACCAGACAGUGGGGGAAAAAGGUAACCAAGUGGUGGGGAAAGGAGACCAGACAGUGGGGGAAAAAGGUAACCAAGUGGUGGGGAAAGGAUACCAGACAGUGGGGGAAAAAGGUAACCAAGUGGUGGGGAAAGGAUACCAGACAGUGGGGGAAAAAGGUAACCAAGUGGUGGGGAAAGGAGACCAGACAGUGGGGGAAAAAGGUAACCAAGUGGUGGGGAAAGGAUACCAGACAGUGGGGGAAAAAGGUAACCAAGUGGUGGGGAAAGGAUACCAGACAGUGGGGGAAAAAGGUAACCAAGUGGUGGGGAAAGGAUACCAGACAGUGGGGGAAAAAGGUAACCAAGUGGUGGGGAAAGGAUACCAGACAGUGGGGGAAAAAGGUAACCAAGUGGUGGGGAAAGGAUACCAGACAGUGGGGGAAAAAGGUAACCAAGUGGUGGGGAAAGGAUACCAGACAGUGGGGGAAAAAGGUAACCAAGUGGUGGGGAAAGGAGACCAGACAGUGGGGGAAAAAGGUAACCAAGUGGUGGGGAAAGGAGACCAGACAGUGGGGGAAAAAGGUAACCAAGUGGUGGGGAAAGGAGACCAGACAGUGGGGGAAAAAGGUAACCAAGUGGUGGGGAAAGGAUACCAGACAGUGGGGGAAAAAGGUAACCAAGUGGUGGGGAAAGGAUACCAAACAGUGGGGGAAAAAGGUAACCAAGUGGUGGGGAAAGGAUACCAGACAGUGGGGGAAAAAGGUAACCAAGUGGUGGGGAAAGGAUACCAGACAGUGGGGGAAAAAGGUAACCAAGUGGUGGGGAAAGGAUACCAGACAGUGGGGGAAAAAGGUAACCAAGUGGUGGGGAAAGGAUACCAGACAGUGGGGGAAAAAGGUAACCAAGUGGUGGGGAAAGGAUACCAGACAGUGGGGGAAAAAGGUAACCAAGUGGUGGGGAAAGGAUACCAGACAGUGGGGGAAAAAGGUAACCAAGUGGUGGGGAAAGGAGACCAGACAGUGGGGGAAAAAGGUAACCAAGUGGUGGGGAAAGGAUACCAGACAGUGGGGGAAAAAGGUAACCAAGUGGUGGGGAAAGGAUACCAGACAGUGGGGGAAAAAGGUAACCAAGUGGUGGGGAAAGGAGACCAGACAGUGGGGGAAAAAGGUAACCAAGUGGUGGGGAAAGGAUACCAGACAGUGGGGGAAAAAGGUAACCAAGUGGUGGGGAAAGGAUACCAGACAGUGGGGGAAAAAGGUAACCAAGUGGUGGGGAAAGGAUACCAGACAGUGGGGGAAAAAGGUAACCAAGUGGUGGGGAAAGGAUACCAGACAGUGGGGGAAAAAGGUAACCAAGUGGUGGGGAAAGGAUACCAAGCCGUGGAGGGAUAG